AUGGGUGACUGUUACCCACUGGAUAUGGCUCCAAACUCUGUUGAUGACAUGUAUGAUGGCUGUGAACGUGAGAUGAAAAGAAUAAUAGAGCCUCUGCUAAAUGAGGAGCAGCGAGAGGAAUUCAAAGAUGCCUGGAGUGCAGCACAGAACUACUAUAAGAGGAAGAUUGUACACUACAUCUUGUAUAAAUUGAAGUCAUUACUGUUAAAUACCCCAAGUCUGAAGAAAAAACAAAUCAUGGCUAUUCAUGCUUAUACCCUCGAGACACCAGCAUUAUACAGUAAAUUCAAUGAGGCAGUCCGAACGCAAAAACCUGAUUAUAACACAGAAAAUUUUAAAUAUCAUGCAGUGCAUUUCUUCCUCACAAUGGCCCUGCGCUCUCUCAACCACAACUCCAAUUGUGUCACCAGUUACCGGAGAACCGACUGUAACUUUGAAACGGCCGUCAACAGUGAGAUUCGCUUUGGUGCUUUCACCUCAAGCACAGAGGGCUCUCAUCCUCCUGUUGCAUUUGGUAAAAAAUCAUGCUUUGAGAUUUACACCUGCUUUGGAGCAGGCAUCUCAAAGUUCUCAGAGUUUCCAGCAGAAAAAGAGAUUCUGAUUCCUCCAUAUGAAGUUUUUAUAGUGAAAGACAUACAGAAAAGAUCUGCACCAAAUUCACUUUGGUGUGAUGUUGUCUAUAAACUCGAGAGCACAAAAAAAACACGUUCCGAAUUAAACUGUGCCCUCACCAAAAACCCAUCGGCAGGUUAUUAGUGAAAUAUAAGUGAUAAAAGCCGCGCUAUGCAGAGCUGGACAUUAAUUGAGAUUCUUUUUAAAGAUAUACACUUCCAAGCUUAUUUUUUUACACAGCAAACUAAUUAAACCAUUAGUAAUUAGUAUCAUAACAAACAUACAGGAAUGAGUGUUUACAUUUACAAUCACUAUUAUUUAACAUUUUAAAUUAGAAAUUUUAUAAAAGGGACAGGACACAUUUGAAGGGUUUAUUAGAUUGUGCAGCAACCGUUCACUUUUCUGUUGCUUUUCUGUUCCAUAAACAAGAAUCCUGAACCCACGCUUCUGCGCUUUUUAUACAUCACAGCAAAUUGAAACUCAGUUAAGUACUGUGUGUAUGGAUUUAAUGAGAAAUAAAUCAUAAAAGUAUUACUUGAAUCUCUCAAUACUUACGCAAACUGAAAAACAAAUGCCUGUGAGUUAUCUGUUAUUUUCCCAAUAACUGCUUUCAACAGGUCCAGCAACUUGUAGCUUCAUGUAAUAUCUAACAUACUGGAUUUGAAUCUGACUGCAUGGCAGGAUUGUAUUGGAUUGAUGUGAUUUUAAUUUGAAUCAAAAUCUAUUCAGUGUGAUUAAAUAUGAAUUUGAUCUUUAUCUUGA